UCAAACAAGGUCGACAGACAGAGAGACAGUGUGUCGGACGGCCUGACUGACAGAGGGAAUUCAAGCCCUGGGCAAAACCACCGCUCUGCACGCUCCAAACAAGCUCUGUUGUCUUUUGAAGAAAAAAAAGAGCAAAAGAAAAAGACAGUGGACAAAAGAAAGAGUCACUGGGGAUUUUUUUUUGCAGAGGGAAUAUCCUACAACACAACUUGUUUGUUUUCACUUUCUUUCCCGUCUUCUCCCUCCUCUCAGAUCUCAAUGCUUUGCUUUAGGAUUUGUGCUCCAAAUCCAUCGAAUUCUUCUCCUGAGCCAUCACUUAUUUUUCAUUUGAAAGGUUUUGAAUUACAUUUUUUUUCCAGAGGUUCAAAACCAAACAAACUGAGACAGACAUUUGCAGAAUUUCAGUUGGACUAAAACGUUAAAUCCAAGCCUUGUUUUCCAAGUUCUGGAAUGAAUUUGAAGGAGCCCUGCUUGCCCAGCGAGGCUUCUCUGCACGCCGGCCAGAUGCCUCUCGGAGGCCCCUGGACUUCAGAGACCCCGAGUCCUACCUCCGAUCCUGAGAUGGGUUUUGAGCAGAGCCUCUCUGGAGACUGCAGUUCUCCUGACGUCCUGGGAACGGGGAACAUGGGGAGAGCAGAACCGAGUAUCGCUUUAACGGCCAGUUCCGUGGGACAAGGUCCGGAGCUGAACCACGGAGGAGGUGUGUCGUCAGGUGAUGGGAAAACCGCGGGGGCAGAGCAGAGGAUCCGCAGGCCCAUGAAUGCCUUCAUGGUCUGGGCCAAAGACGAGAGGAAGCGACUAGCUCUACAGAACCCUGACCUACACAACGCUGUGCUCAGCAAGAUGCUUGGUCAGUCAUGGAAGGCCUUGAGUGCCACAGACAAGCGACCAUUUGUGGAAGAGGCAGAACGUCUCCGCGUCCAACAUCUCCAGGAUCACCCAAACUACAAAUACAGGCCACGCCGCAAAAAGACCACCAAAAAGCUGAAGCGGGUAGAACCAGGGAUCCUGCUGCACAGCUUAGCCCAGAGAGGAACCACAGGUCUUGGUUUGGGUUCUGGUGUUAGCUCUAUGGGUACAGAAGGAUCUGCUUAUGGACAUCCAUGCACUCACCCUCCACACCAUCAUCAUCCCCACCAAGUGCUGCCAUCUUUGGGACACUUCAGGGACCUCCAGGUCCCAGGGCACCGAGAACUAGAGAGCUAUGGUUUGCCGACUCCAGAGAUGUCCCCUCUGGAUGUUUUUGAAGAAGGAGCUGGAGAAUCGGUGUUUUUCCCUCAACAUAUUCAAGAAGAGACUGGAAUAGGAGGUUGGAAUGGGUACCAACGCCACCUUCACCAUCACAACCAACAUUACAGCCAUCACUACACCAACCACGGUCCCCACACAUCUAUACACGGCCAGGGUUCUGGAAUGAGUAUGAGUGCCAAUUUAAACAGUAUAAAUUCAAGUCUUAGUCCAAGUAGAAGUUCAAGACUUGAUUCGAGAAUGAGUUCUGUUGAAUCAAAUAUGACUUCAAACAUGAACUCCACCUCAAAGUUACAUCCUUCUCUUACUUCUUGUCAACAAAUUCCUUUAAGGAUUUCUGUGAAGUGUCCACCACCUCAGCCUGACUCCUCUUCUGCUGUGCCCUUCACCCAUCCCUCCAUUAGCCUCCCUGAGCCAGUAAAAUGCCAGCAAACAACUUUGAGCACGGCUCCCGUCAACUACUUCAGCCCAAUGUAUGGAAGUGACACCCUAGGUGCCAUCCAUUUCGUUUCCUCCCAUCUAGGCCAGCUGUCACCUCCUCCUGAAACUCCACCCUCUUCUUGCUUGUCAUCUUGUGUUCCUCCUCCAUCAACCUUCCUUCGCUCCAGCCAUUUAGAACAUUCAAAUCUUGAGGCCACUGGCCACAUGGGCUCUACUUCUGCUGAGUUUUGGUCUGAAGUGGACAGACAUGAAUUUAAUCAGUAUGAAAAUGUGGGAAGAAAUCAAGAGGAAGCCUAUGGACUUGGUGGGGGAUGUGGAGGCAGAUCAAAACUUCAAGGUGGUUGCACAACCAUUUGUGGAGGUAGCAGCAAUAAUGGCAUUGUUAGCAAUGUAAUGAACAAGGACAUUAGCAGUAUUAUGAGUGGUGUUGGGGGCUGUGAUAAUGGGAGCAGCCCCCUCAUAUCUGCCCUUUCUGAUGCCAGUAGUGCUGUAUAUUACAGUGCCUGUAUCACUGGAUAAAUACAAAAUCUCUUCUCUCAGACAAUAUGUAGCUCUUGGUAUAUUAUUGCUCCAUAUAAACCACUUAAAAGAAAGCAGGCGGGAGAAAAUAAUAGCUUUGAUAUAUUGUUUUGUAAGGCAGAUGAUGUUGAAACUAAUGCCUGUAGAUGACCUACAGCUAAACGAACGUGAAAAUAUGAUGUUUGUAGAUAUGACAUUGCUCUUCACUCAAAGGUUUUACUUUUUCAUUGCUCAUAUUCUUAGCAGAUAAACAGAAGAAAGCUUAAAGGUAUAGUCUUUGAUUUUGGAGAGCUAGCAAGAUUUGAAAGUGGCACCUCCUCUAAGCCCCGCCCCCUCCUCCCCCUCCCGUCAGCGCUCCGUCCAAAGCCACGCCCCCACAAACUUUGGGGAACGCAUAUUUGCAGGAGUCGAGUUUUCCAGGACAUUUUGGACAGCACAUUUUCAACAAAACUACCCCAUGUCUCAUUCACCUGUAAGCGAGGCCGGUUUUAGGGGGGGGGGCAGGGGUGAGCUGUGCCCACCCAAACGUGCGUCCUGCCCACCCAAUCAAAGUUAUGGGGAUCCUUUAUUUUUUUAUAAUUUUAUUUUUUAUAAAUAUAAAAAAAUAUCACAGAAUAUGUGUACCGUUUCUGAUUGGGUGGGCACUGCGCAUCAUUUUUAGACACAACAAUGAACGCAUACCGCAAAAGUUUUGUCUCGGCGGAGGGACCCGACGUCCCAGCAAAAUGAGCACAACAUAGAAGUUCAGAACAGCACACAGAGACACACUGAAGGCUGAUUUAUGGUUCCGCGUUACACCAACGCAGAAUGGUGCGCGUCGCCGCGUAUCCUACGCUGUAGGGUACGGCGUACCCUACGGCGUAGCCGUGGCUCCAGAACCUGCACGGCAGCGCAGCGCACCGCCACCCGCACCGGCGCUCUCCGCCCUCGCCGGGAUGGAGACACCUCCAUCCCCACGGACCCCCAUACUGGGGGGUCAGUGGCAGACCCCCAGUAGCGGACAACCUGCGCCGCAGAAUCGCACUUUGGCUUUCUUUUUUAGCCUUUUUAGCAGGGCGAGCCGUUACAUUCGACGUGACCGCCAGACCGCGAGCCGGCGGUGAAGCCGGGGGUGGCGGGGGCCCUCCGAUGUCAGGCCGCGGUUGCCAGUCGGUCUGGAGGAGCUGGGGGUUACACUGGGACACCCUGAGCAGAGGAGGACCCCUGUGGAAGUGUACACGGGGGCUGGAAGCAGAGUGCAGGCUGGAAGCAGAGAGACGUGACGAGUGCGCGCAUGGGACAGAGGGGGGCGUGGGCGGGACUUAAAAUGAAGGCAUCUGAUUGGUUCUUUCCCCCCUGCCAGUCCUCUGGUCUUCUGACCAAUCCGUGCCAUUCCGAGCGCAAAAAACAGAUUGGUCAGAGUUUUUACAGGAUUAAAGCUGUCAGAGAGGUCGGAUUUUUUUCUUUCCUUUUUCUGAACACAUUAUUCACUGGCUACUCUCAGGAUGGAAGAACCAUUUCACCCAGUAUAACAAUAAAUGUUUUUGAAUACGAUCACAGACUAUACCUUUAAGGACAAUGCUAAGUGUUUUCAGUUUUUGAGUAAUUUGAAAGCAGUUUUCAGUGUGAGGAUUAAUGAGGCUACUUCUUGGUAACAUAUAGGAAUAGUAAACUGUUUUAUGACCUAGAAUUGGCAUGGUUGCUUUGUACAUUAUAUGGUCAUGACAAACAAUAGGCUGUUUUAACAAUAAGUUACUUCUUUAAUUGCACUGUAAGCACACUCUCUAUCAGAUAAAACCUUUUUUUUUUUAAAGAAAGUAUUUCAUGGCCAUUGCAUUUUUUUUUUUUUACAUAUCAGAAAUAGGCAGAAAUUUGUCAAGUUUAGAUGUAUUUAUCUUGGGAAAUUCAGCUGCAAAUGGAGAAAUAGAGACGUAAGAAAAAAAAACGGAGACUCAGUGGGAGAGGCUCUUCAUACAGCAGGAGUGGUGCCGGAAAAGCUCUGGCCACUAACUCAGAACAAUUCACUGAUGCCUCACAAACUAUCAGAAUGUUUUACGAGCUGGGGUGGGUUUUCUUUUCAAUCAUACGUGCCUUUUUCUCUGUGGUUCAUUCCAUUGCAGGGCAUUUUGCCAAAAUCCAUGUUUUAAGCUGCAUGUUUUAAAAGUAGCUUUGCUUCUUUAACAUAACAAACACAGAUAUGUUGAUGAUUCAAAGAUCCUUCUUUUUUACCACAAAGUCUAGUUGGUAUAACAAAUCUAUCACUUGUUUAAACAAAGUGUAGUUUUACCAAAUUCAAUACUUAGGUCUACAAACAACAGAAGCUCAGGUUCUAUUUCUGGAGUAAGCUUGGUAUUGUGGAUCAUGAGAAAACAUAUUUACUUCAUACAUUUCCUUCAAAUGCCAUUGUCUAUUGUUGCAAUUCGUUUGAAUCAACCUAAUCCAAACGUAUACUGGUAUGUGAUUUGAUGUCUAAUUGGUCUUUGUGUUAUAAUAUUUGAAAACUGUGGUUUGAUGUAGCUGUACUGUACAUAUAAAUGCAAUAAUGAAAUUAAGACUAUGAAAUGUUCUCUUUGCACUGGGUUUAUUGUUUUAGUUGUAUAGAAGGGACACUACUUCUCAAAAGUUAAAUACACUUCUUUUUUAAAUAUGCUUUUGUACAAAAAAUACUUGUUUUUUAUAGUCUUACUUUUCUUAAAGGAAAACUUUAGGAAUUACACUUUGCUUUCUUGCAGAAAGUACUUUCUACUUUGUUUUGAAGUGUGGUUAGUCUAUUCCACUUACCAGUAUCUAUUAUACUUACCUAAUAAUGUUCUGUAUUUCAGUGAUUUAAUGCAUGUGCAAACAGAAGUAUUAGUUUGCAAUUGUCUUUCCGCACCUCUCUUUUGUUUGUGGAUUAAAUAUUUGAGAUAAAAACAUUAUGUAGAGGUGCUAGAAGACUCAUUGUACUAAGCCGUACUUGGCUUUGUAUCAGUUGUAUCUUGGGACAUCACUCUAUUUAAACCAAACAUAAAAGGGUUGAACUUUAAAAAACGUUAUAUAAAUUAAACACAAUUAAUUAAUGUUGUUUUUGACUGGUCCUUUGAACUACUCAUCCAAAAUGUUGAAUAUUAUAAAUUUGCCUUCAAGAGAAAACUGCAAACAUAUUUUGGGCAGUAAAUAACUUUCCUGCCCACGUAGCAUUUGAACUUCAGAUACCAUUUUUUGUUAUUUUAUGCUGAAAUUUGCAAGCAAUUGUAGCCAAUGUUGAAUUCUCUUGGUCCUGUUACAACUUUGUGUAAAUUGAAACCUUAAUAAAAUGAAGAAUCUUUCUUCAAAGAUGUAUCCCACAUCUGCUAAGCAUUAGUCGUUAAAACAAUGAUUGUUUCGUUUUUUCCUCAUGUACAUGAAACAGUAUUCAAAUAUCUUGUACAGCACAACUUAGGCCCUACUUGCCUUUGGGGCAGACAUUGGGUUAAAACAGACCAAUAAUAGAUGUUUUCCCCCAUACAUUUCUUCUUAAAGAUUAAAUCAUAGAAAAGCAAAGGUUAUUGCAAAGAAUUAAAAAAAAUACUUCUGCAUCUGCAUUUGAGAUUCUUUUUUGUUGACACUCUCUUUUUUCCAUUUUAAUUUACUGUGGCAGACAGACUUCAGAGAGACAGACAUUUUUUGGAGUUGUGCAUUUACAUUGAGGCUUUUGGUAAUAAUUAUCUGUGGGAGAAAAAAAAACACCAAUGAUUUGGGGAUUAAAUGAAAGGAUUUUCUGAGCAGUCAUAUAACAGCAAAUUAAAAGCAGGAUUUUCCCAGAACUGUCACUGUGAUUCCUCUGAAUGUGUCUGACAAGGAUCAUUUUUAGAGUUUCUAAGAGUGCAACAUGUUUGUGUUUGUGCGUUUGCUGUAAAUAGAAAUGUUCUGUGCUGUAAAACGGUUUGAUCAAAUAAACACUU